GAUAAUGAUCCCCGAAAGCCUGACAUAGACUGGGAGCCCGCUGAGGAGAGACCACAGGCUUGUAUAAACUCUAAGAACGAAGUCUGAACGAGUUCUCACCCAUAUUCUUACAUUCGAAUCUGAUCGUCACCUCUUCAAGUAACAGCAUGAGAGUUGUUCUGCUUAUGGCUGUGAUGUUGGUGCUGGCCAGCCUGCCGCUGUCUAACACUCAGUGCCGCCGUCGUGUUGCAAGUUGCGCAAGGAGGAGGAGAUCGUCGGGCAUUGUUAAAAGGGCAGCAUUUGAAGGAGAUGACUUUGAGAAGAAAGUGGAGAUUCUCCAUGAGACUCUAGAUGAGAUAGAGAGAGAAGUGGAGGAGGCUGAGGAAGAUGCAGCUCUGGAUCUGGUGAUGGAGGAGCUGGAGGAGCUGGUGGAGAAAAGGGAGUCUCUGAUGGAGGAAGAGGAGAAGCUGGAUGGAGGCAAAAUUGACCUUGAUGAAUUCCAGUUGGAGAAAUCCGGAACAUUCGGCAAGUAAACAACUACAAAGCCGACAAUGGAGCUCGAGGACCUUGAAGCCUGCAUGUAGUUGAUUUGAUAUAAUCAACGCUUUAGGUCCUUCCCAUGAUAAAGCUCUGAGAUUUAGUUCUUUUCGACUUAGCCAAAGUGAUGACAAGAAAUAAAGAUAUAUGAUAC